GAGCUGUAGUUCAUAAUUUAGACAUUUAUACUUAAUGUGUACGUUUGUUUUUUCCGAACUCUACGGGCGUGUCACAGCAGCUUUCACCUUUCAACGUUUUUAUUUCAAUUUCGGUUUCAAGCUAUGACGUUAAAGUGCUGAAAUGGCGUCGAGUUCAGCAGAAGCCGGCAGGAGUAGUCCAGAUCACGAUCGCCCUAACAUGAGCGAUCUGAGGAUUGUUCUGAUAGGCAAGAAUGCAUCAGAAAACAGCCGAGUGGAAAACUUUAUCAAGAGUGGACCAGCAGCAGUGUUUGACAGUGGAGCUUCAUUUUAUGUCAAGCAGACCAGAUUCAGUGGACAGGAGAGAAACAUCAGAGUCUUCCACUUUCCUCAUCUGCUUCAGACACAUCUCAAUCAGCUGCAGGUCAUUCAGGCAGUGAGAGAGUGUCUGUCUCAGUGUGCUCCAGGCCCUCAUGUGAUCAUACUUGUACUGCAGUAUAAUGACUUCACUGAGCUGGACAGAGACAGAGUGAAAUAUAUACUGAGUCUCUUCAGUCAGAAGGCCAUCAAACACACUAUAGUGCUGACCACUGAUGAGGAGACACUUAGGUUUGUUUUUUUUAAAACGAAUAAGGCUGUUCAAAAUGUAAUAAAGGACUGUGAAGGAAGACAUCUUCGGUUUGAUACAAACCCACAAUCUCACACUAAAUUGUUUAUAAAGAUAGAGAAGAUCCUCAAGGAAGAAUACAAAGAAUUUCACAUCUGUGGUGAUGAAGGUGAUGGGUCAUCAGUGGAUGGAGAUUGUGGUUCAGCCAGAGGAGAUUACACAGAAGAUGAGAGCUCAAAAACAGGAAGUGAUGGAAGAGAGGUUCUGAACCUGAAUCUGGUUGUUUGUGGGAGUAACAGAAGAUUAAAAUCCUCCAUGUCAGAGCUGUUCCUGAGAGAAAGCAGGAGAGGAUCUGUGGUCGGUUCAGAGUUUACGAGGACAGAUGUGGAUCUUCAUGGUCGUCUGAUCAGUCUGAUGGAGUUUCCAACUCUCAUUAAUCUCUCAGAGGAGGAAGUGAUGCGUCAGACGCUCCGCUGUGUGUCUCUCUGCCAUCCUGGAGUUCAUCUGUUCAUCCUCAUCAUUCCUGAUGGUCCUCUCAAUAAUGAAGACCGAGCAGAAGUGGAGAAGAUGCAGAUUUUCAGCUUCAAAAUCAACAAGCACAUGAUGAUCCUCAUACAGCAGGACUCAGAGCUUCAUACAGCAGAACUCAGUGAAGAAACUCAGACGGUCAUUCAGAGUCUUAGUGGACGACAUCAUUUCAUUAACCCAAACACACCAGUGUCCACAUUGAUGGAGAAGAUUGAUCAGAUGGUGGAAGAAAACAAAGGAGAGGUUUUCUCAGCAGAGACAUUUCUGGAGCCGCAGAUGGAGAAACACCUGAAAUAUGAUGAAAAACAUAGCGGAAUCAACUCAUUAAAGACAUUUCAGUCACAAGAUUCAAGAGAAAGACCUAAUGAAGUGAGAAUUGUUCUUCUGGGUAAAACUGGAGUUGGGAAGAGUGCAACUGGAAACACCAUCUUAGGAAGAAAAGCAUUUACAUCAGACAUCUCUCAAAGCUCUGUUACUAAAGAGUGUCAGAAGGUCACAGUUCAAGUCAAUAGUCAAAACAUCACUGUGAUCGACACUCCAGGACUGUUUGAUACUCAACUCAGUAAUGAAGAAAUCAAGAGAGAAAUCAGCAACUGCAUCUCCAUGAUCCUGCCUGGACCUCACGUGUUUCUGCUGGUGAUUUCACUGGGAAGAUUCACUCAAGAAGAGCAAGAGUCAGUGAAGAUCAUCCAAGAAAUAUUUGGAGAAAACUCUUUAAAAUACACAAUAGUGCUGUUCACCAGAGGAGACGAUCUGAGGAACAAAACUAUUGGAGACUUUCUAGGAAACACUGACUCUGCUCUUAAGAACCUCACUGAAACAUGUGGAAACAGAGUCCAUGUGUUCAACAAUAAUCAGACUAAAGACCCAACACAAGUGUCUGAUCUACUGAUGAAGAUAGAGAAGAUGGUGAAGACAAAUGGAGACAGUUAUUACUCAUGUAAGAUGUUCAGAGAGAUGGAGAGAGAAAUACAAGAGAAACAAAUGAUGAUAAUGGAGGAGAAAGUGGAACAACUGAAGAGAGAAAGAGAAGAACUGAUGAAGAAACAUAAGGAAGAGAAAAAGAGGAUGAUGGAAGAAGAACGGGUGAAGCAUGAAAAGGAGAAAAAGAGAAGAGAAGAUGAAUAUAGAGAAAGAGAUGAACUGAUAAAGAAACAUGAGGAAGAGAAAAAGAGGAUGAUGGAAGAAGAACGGGUGAAGCAUGAAAAGGAGAAAAAGAGAAGAGAAGAUGAAUAUAGAGAAAGAGAAGAACUGAUAAAGAAACAUGAGGAAGAGAAAAAGAGGAUGAUGGAAGAAGAACGGGUGAAGCAUGAAAAGGAGAAAAAGAGAAGAGAAGAUGAAUAUAGAGAAAGAGAAGAACGAGUUAAUAGAGAUAUAAAAGAAGAGAGAAAAAUGCAAGAGGAAAUGAGGAGCGAAAAAGAGAGAAUGAUGAAGGAACACACAGAAGAGAAAAAGAGGGAGAUGAAAAUACACGAAGAGGAGAAAAAAAGAAGGGAAGAAGAAUUAAGAGUGAAAGAAGUUCAAUAUAAAAGAGACAUUAAAGACAUUAAGGAUCAAGAGAAAAAUACAAAAGAGAAGUUGAAGAGACUACAAGAGGAAUGGGAGAAACAGAAGCAGCAGGAAAAACAAAGACAAGAAAAAGAUGAUGAGAAAAGACGACAAAAGGAACAGGACAUGUGGGAAAAAUAUAAUCAAAUGCUAAAAAAAGACAAAGAAAGGAUUAUAAUGAUAGAGAAAGAAAGACAGAAUCAUGAUAAAGAGAGAUUGAAAAGAGAAGAGGAAUUUAAGGAGAGAGAAGAACAAUAUAAAACAGAGAUAAAGAAAGAAAGAGAAGAAUGGGAACGACAGAAACAACAUGAAAGACAAAGAAGAGAAGAAGAGGAUGAGAGAAGGCGAAAGAAAGAAGAGGAUAUGUUUUAUGACUUUGACCAGAGACUUAAACAAGAGAAAGAGAGAAUGAUGAUGAUGAUAGAGGAAGAACGACGAAACAAUAAUCAAGAUAGAAAGAAAAGAGAAGAGGAUUUUAGAGAGAAAGAAGAAGAAUGCAAAAAAGAGAUGAAGAGAGAGCGAGAAUAUUGGAGACAAAGAAGAGAUGAGGAGGAGGACAGAAGGAGAAAAAUAGAAGAGGACACGUGGGAUGAAUAUUACCAAAAACUUAAACGAGAGAGAGAAAGAAGACUGAGAGAGAAAGAAGAUCUACAGCUCAACCACGAAUUAGAGAGAGAAAGAAUUAAAAAAAAUAUGGAGGAAAACAGGCUGAAGCAUAGCGAAGAGAGAAAAAGAAGAGAACAUAAAUUUAGAGAAGAACAAUAUAAGAGAGACAUUAAAGACAUUGAAGACUGUGAGAGAAAGUUAUGGGAGGAAUGGGAGACAGAGAUACAAGAGGAAAGUAAAAGAGAAGAAAAGGAGAAACAAGGACAUGAAACAACCCCACUUUAUCAGAGCAAUGCAAUGAUUCAGCAAACAAACAGUGAUGAAGACUCAGCGUCACAAUGUCUGAGAAUCUUGUUGUUUGGGAAAACUGGAAAUGGAAAGUCUGCAACAGGAAACACCAUCCUCAGAAAAAAUUACUUUCACGCUGAAACCAGUUCAUCUUUGGUGACCAGAGUUUGUCAGAAGGAAGUUGUCAAAGUCGAUGGUAAAACAGUAUCUAUUAUUGAUACUCCAGGACUCUUCGAUUUGACGCUGUCAAAAGAACAAGUACAGGAGCAAAUUAUGAAAUGUGUUCAUCAGUCAGCUCCUGGACCUCAUGUGUUUGUUAUUGUGGUGAGUUUAGGAAAAAUUAGCCAAGAGAAGGGUGAGAUUUUAGACAUGAUAACGAUGAUGUUUGGGCCAGAAGCAGCAAAAUUCAGUGUUGUUCUCUUCACUGAAGCAGAUAUUCUGAACAACAAAACAAUUGAACAAUAUGAGAAAGCAAGUUUUAAUGAUGAACUCAAAAACAUGAUCAGCGACUGUGGAAACAGAUACCUGGAUUUUAACAACACAGAAACACAAGAUCAGACACAAGUUACUCGUCUGUUUAAUAUGAUAGAAGAAAUUAGGAAAUCUAAUGAGGGUAAACACUUUACUAAUGAGAUGUUUCAGGAGGCAGAGGUCUCUGUCGACAGAAGAAUUGAAACAUUAAAAGAGAAUAAAACAAGAAAUCAGGCUCAAGUUGUAGAAUUAGAGGCCAAAUAUGAGAUGGAAAUCAGAAACAUGACAGAAAGACUGGCGAAGAAGAAACAAAAGGCAGAUGAAAAAAGAGUGAAGCUGGAGAAGUUCAAAGAAAAAGUGAAAACUCUCAGGAGAGAGUUUGAGGAGAAAGAAAAAUCUGAUUUGGAGAAACAAGAGGAAGAGGAGAAACAGAAACAGGCAGAUCUGGAGAAACAGAUGACAGAGGAAUAUAAUCAGAUGAUAGAGGAGAUUGAAGAUCAGAGAAAACUGUAUGAAAAUCAGCAAGAAGAAAGAGAGAAAGAAUAUCAAAAAAGAGAGGAAGAAUAUAAAAAAGAUCUAGAAAAUUUAAAAAAUAAAGAACAUAGUAUAGCAGAAUUACUGAUUAAACAAGAACAGGAAAUAAAAAACAGAGAUUUAGAGGAACUAAAAAGAAAAGAACAAGAAGAGAAAGAGAGAGAAGAAUGGAUGAGGAAAAUAAAGGAGGCUGAAAGUAAAAAAGAGACUCAAGAAAAGGUUAAACAACAGCAAAGCAAAUGGGAAAUAGAAAUGAAGCGACAGAUGAGAGGACGAGAGGAUGACAUAAGAAAGACAAAAGAAAAACAUGGAAAUCAACUUAGAAUACAAGAAGAGAAACUGGAAAAAAUGAAAAAUAAAUGUGAAAGAGAAAGAGAAGAUUUGCGACAGAUCCAAGAGAGAGAAAAACAAAAGAAAGACAAAGGAGAAAAGGAUAGACUAUAUGAAGAAAAAAGGAAUGAGAUAAAAAGACAUUAUGAUCAGCUGAAGGAAGAAAUAAAAGAAGAGUUUGAGAAAAGAAAACAAGAGGAUGAAAAGAGACGAGAAGAGAAGAGGAAGAAAUUAGAGAAAAUGUUUGAAGACCUGAAAGGAGAACAAGAUGUUAUGUGUACAAGAGAAAGACAGGUGCAAGGAAGAAUAGAAGAAGAAGAAAAAGAGUGUAAUAGAAUAAAACAAAAACAUAAAAGCAACAUUAAUGCCAUGGAGAAGAAACAUCAAGAUGAAGCCAGAGAACAAGAAGAAGAAUUGAAUGUUUUCAGAGAGAGAGUUGAUCAGCAGGUACAGAGGCUGAAGGACAUGAUAGCCCUCAUAUAUGCAGAGGAAAGUUAUAAGAGGAAUAAUAAAUGGAAAUGUCACGUCAUGUAAAAUAUUAUUGAUGAGACAAAUAAGCAUUUAACUUGAAUUUUUUUGUUUUAUUUGUUUAUUUAUUUGGGUUUUGAGAGUUCAGACAAAAUUAGUGUCGAAAGUUGGAUGUAAUAUUUCAGUCACGAAAAGACUUUUUCCAUUUAUAGCUGGGAAAUGUAACUUAAGGACAAGUUUUUUUUGUACAAUUGCUGGUUUCUUAACAUAAUGUUGCAAUUUUACAUAUUUAGUUAUUUUCUACCAUUAACAAAAUUUUUUAAGCAAAAAAUAUAAAACAACAACAAAAGUUCCUCACUAACAGGUGAUGUAAUGCUUUUAUUCAUCAAUAAGAUUGAACAUUAUGUUAAUUAAUGUUUUACAAACUAUUUCAAAUACGUAAAGACUGUUCAUGCAAAUAGAUCACAAAACUAAUAUUUUGCAAAACUAAUUUAACUAAUCAAUCAUCAUAAAACAAAAAAUACAAUGCAUAAUAUUUCACAUGCCCCCAUUUAAUUAGAUAUUUUGUGAACAUAUGCAAAUGUACCUUAAUAAUGAAUCUGGAAGAUCAUUUGGAGAUUCUUUAUUGUGCUAAAAUGACACAAAAUGGGGAGAUUAAAAAUAAGAGAAACAUUUUGGGGCGUAAGGCGCGACGCAAUAGUUGUUUGCUAGUUUCAGCUCGGCGCAAGAGUUGUUUUGAUGUUUUGCAACACGCUGUUUAAUUAGCAAAUGCAUUUGAGCUUAUACAGUAUGUGCGCCAAUAAGCUUUCUCGCGCUGCAGAUGCUCUGUUUAACUGUUUUAUUGCUUGUGAAAUGCUCAGUUUUUCCAC